ACUGAACAGUUUCAACUCGAUGAAAUGUCGGAAGAUGGCUAUGAGCUUUCUCGCCCUAACUCGCUUUUUACAUGACGCACAAGGGCAGGCAAGCAGCCAAACUUCGAGAGUUACACACCUCACAACGGACAUCGAAGAGGGGGUAUUCAUGAACUGGCGGAGAUAUCAUCAUCGCAAAGCUGUGUGUGUCAGCAAACAAUCUGAAGGCCCGAAAGAAGGAGAUCAAGCGCAAAAACAUGUCGAACAUUGCGACUUGUGCAUGAGACUCAUAUAUGGAAUGAGUUACCGAUAAAAAAUACUGAUGGAUCUUUUUGGGUCAAUUCAUACUUCACACAUUUCC